AUGAGUAUUACCUUGUGGCUCUUUCUGCUACCCUUUUGCCUCUUAAACUUGAGCACCAACAUAAUUUUUGUAACUAGUCAUUGUCUUGGUCAUCAACAAUCUUAUUUACUCAAUUUGAGGAAUAACCUCAUAUUCAAUCCUACCAAGUCCAAAAAAUUGAUUUACUGGAAUCAGAGUGCUGAUUGUUGUGAAUGGAGUGGAGUGACAUGUAACAAAGGCCAUGUUAUUGCUCUUGACUUGAGCCAAGAAUCCAUCUCUAGAGGUAUUGAUCAUUUAAGUAGUCUCUUCAAGUUACAAUAUUUACAAAGUUUGAAUUUGGCCCUUAAUGAUUUUCAUUCUAAGGUUUCUCCAGAGUUUCGAAAGCUAAAGAAUUUGAGGCAUUUGAAUUUGUCAAAUGCUGGCUUUGAGGGGCAAAUUCCAAUUGAGAUCUCGUACCUCACGAAGUUAGUAACUCUUGAUUUGUCUAGCACAGUUACUUCAAAACAUGUACUAAAACUUGAGCAACCAAAUAUUGCAAUGCUUGUGCAGAACUUGACAAAAAUCAAAGAGUUACAUUUGGAUGGCAUUGCAAUAUCAGCCAAAGGAAAGGUGUGGAGUCAUGCUUUAUCUUCACUUACCAACAUGCAAGUUUUAAGCAUGUCAUCUUGUAAUCUCUCUGGUCCUUUUGAUUCUUCAUUAGGAAAGCUACAAUCUCUCUUAAUACUUCGAUUGGACCAGAACAAUUUAGCAUGUCCAGUUCCAGAGUCCUUGGGGAGUUUGUUUAAUUUGACCACCUUGCAACUCAGUGGUUGUGGUUUGAGUGGAGUCUUUCCAAAAAAUAUCUUCCAAAUACCAUCACUACAGGUGCUUGAUGUGUCUGAUAAUCCAGGUCUUCAUGGUUCUCUACCAAACUUCCCAAGUCAAGGCUCUCUCUACAACUUCAACCUUAGCCACACAAAUUUUUUUGGACCUUUGCCGGAGUCUAUUGACAAUUUGAAGCAAUUGUCUAAAUUAGAUUUAUCAAAUUGCCAGUUCAGAGGGACACUUCCUUAUUCAAUGUCAAAUCUCACACAACUUGUUCAUUUGGACUUGUCAUACAAUAACUUCACUGGUCCUAUCCCAUCUUUUAAUAGGUCCAAGGCCCUGGUAGUUUUAUCAUUUAAUCAUAAUCAUUUUAUGGGUACAAUUCCAUCUACCCAUUUUGAGGGCCUUAUAAAUCUCAUGAGCAUUGAUUUAGGAGAUAACUCCUUUGAUGGAAGGGUCUCGUCAUCUUUAUUAAGACUUCAAUCUCUUCAACAUCUCAUGCUCUAUUACAACAAAUUUGAUGGUGUGUUGGACGAAUUUCCAAAUGCUUCUUUGUCAUUAUUAGAGAUGCUUGAUUUGAGUGGAAACAAAUUUGAAGGACCUAUUCCUAUGUCUAUCUUUCAACUCAAAAGACUUCGUUUGCUUCAACUUUCUAAAAACAAGUUCAAUGGCACUAUACAACUUGACAUGAUUGGGAGGCUGCAAAAUUUGUCUUCACUUGAUCUUGCACACAAUAACUUGUUAGUUGAUGCAAGCACUGCAGAUGCAUCAUCCUUUCCCAGUCUGAAAACUCUUUGGUUGGCUUCAUGCAAUUUGAGAGCAUUCCCAAACUUUUUGAGAAAUAAAUCUUCAUUACUCUACCUAGACUUGUCUGACAAUCAUAUUGAAGGAACUAUACCCAGCUGGAUUUGGAAAUUUGACAAUAUGAUUAUUUUGAAUAUGUCUUACAACUUCUUGACAGAUUUUGAAGGGCCUUUCCAAAACCUUAGUUCAAAUUUGUUGAAACUUGAUCUUCACUCAAACCGUCUCCAAGGGCUUGCUCCUACCUUUUUGAAAAAUGCCAUUUAUUUGGACUACUCAAGCAAUAGAUUUAGCUCUAUUAACUUUGUUGACAUUGGUAGUCACAUUCCUUUCUUAUACUUUCUCUCCCUUUCAAACAACAGUUUUCAUGGAAUAAUCCAUGAAUCCUUUUGUAACGUUUCUGAUCUUCGAGCACUUGAUCUUUCCCACAACAGAUUCACUGGCCUCAUUCCAAUGUGUUUGACAAGAAGAAGUAGCACUCUCAGGCUACUAAAUCUUGGCGGAAAUAAGCUCAGUGGCUAUAUUUCAGAUACAUUCUCAACUUCAUGUUCUCUAAGGUUUUUGGAUCUUAGUGGGAAUCUUGUAAGGGGAAACAUCCCGAAAUCUCUGGCUAAUUGUAAGAAACUACAAGUUCUAAACCUUGGAAACAAUAAACUAAUUGACAGAUUUCCAUGCUUCUUGAAGAGCAUUUCCUCCCUCAAAGUCAUGAUUUUAAGAUCAAACAAUUUGCAUGGACGUAUUGGAUGUUCUAAUAACAUUGGCGAUUGGAAGACACUUCAAAUUGUUGAUUUAGCCUAUAACAAUUUCAGUGGUACAUUACCAACAUCACUCUUACUGAGUUGGAAAGCUUUGAUGCUUGAUGAAGAUAAAGGUGAAAGAUUUGGUCAUUUAUAUUUUAAUCUCUAUGAUGACUUUAAUCCUGUGAAUUUCAUAACUGCAAUUGUAGAUAUGAACAGUGAGCUACAAUUGAAGCUAGCCAAAAUUAUAGCAUCAGAGCCACCCUUUAUAAUAGACCACAUAGUCUCUCAUAUCUUUGAGGAGGGUGUUGGUGUAAGAACUUAUGAGGAUUCAGUUACAAUAGUCAACAAAGGUAGACAAUUAAAUUUGGUUAAAAUCCUCAUUGCCUUCACUUCCUUGGAUUUCUCAUCCAACAAUUUUGAAGGGCCAAUACCAAAAGAGCUUAUGAAUCUCAUAGCACUACAUGCUCUUAACUUGUCACAAAAUGCUUUCUCAGGUAGCAUCCCUUCUUCCUUGGGCAAUCUAAAGCACCUUGAGUCCUUAGACUUAUCAAACAACUCUUUAGGAGGAGAGAUUCCAAUAGAGCUUGCAAAGUUAUCAUUUCUUGCUGUCAUGAAUCUCUCUUAUAACCAUUUGGUGGGAAAAAUACCCACUGGAACACAAAUUCAAACAUUUGAGGCUGAUUCAUUUGUAGGCAAUGAAGGGUUAUGUGGACCUCCACUAUCCCAAAAAUGUGAUGGUGAAGGACAAAAAAUGUUUCCAUCACCACCAUCUGAAACACUUGAUUAUGAUGCAAAGGGUUCAAUUGAAUGA